AUGAUCGAAACUCCAGACUUCUCAGGAGUUCCAAAUUUAGAACAUUUAAAUCUUGAAGGAUGCGAAUCCCUUGUCAAGGUUCAUCCAUCACUUGGAGAGUUGAAAAGACUUGUUGAGAUUAUCUUGAGUGGGUGUUUCAAGCUUGAAAUCCUACCAAGAAAAUUGGAAACAAAUUCUUUGAAAAGGUUGAAUCUAGAUGGGUGUGAAAAAGUUGCGGUGCUCCCAAAGUUUGGGGAAGGUAUGAAUGAACUAUCAUAUAUUGACGUGAGUUUUAUUGAUACGACUAGACUUCCGAAAUCACUUGAUUCCUUGACUGUUCUUGAAUAUUUGGAUUUGGGAGGGUGCAAAAUUCUUCGUCUUGACAAGUUGAAGACUCCUAUAGUUCGUCAAAUUUCUAGCAUCAAUGUAACUUCAUUGACAGAGUUAUAUUUAGAUGGGCGUGGCUUGAAUGAUGGAUCAAUUCUUGAUAAUUUUGGUGGUUUAUCAUCACUCAUUGCAUUGGAUCUUGGUGGAAAUUCUUUUGUUAAUCUGCCCCCAGGUUGCUUCUCAAGUCUCUCUCGACUUCUCUAUCUUUUUUGGAUCAUUGCAAAAGGCUCAAGUCAUUGCCAUGGCUUCCACCACGGUUGA